AUGGCCUUUCUACACGUGCAUUCGCACGAGUGCUUGAGAUCCGAACUUAGCCUCUUCUCGUUACCACCGACGCAAACGACGAUCGAGAAUUCGCAAUGGGUACACUACAAACCCAUUUCCUCGUUGAGCGAUGACUCACCCAUCGAAUUCGUCGUGACAGGACACGGCGAUGGAUACCUCGAUCUCGCUCACACGAUGCUCAGUGCUCGCGUUGCGCUACAACCCGUAAAUUCCGAUAUCGAGGUCAAAACUCUCAAAAAUGUGGAAAACGUCCGCCCUAUCAACAAUCUUCUGCACUCUAUGUUCAACCAGGUGGAUGUAUUCUUCAAUCAGAAACUCGUGUCACCGCCUAAUAACGCCUACGCGUACAGAGCGUACAUCGAGACCCUCUUGAAUUACGGAUCGGAUGCUACAAAAUCGCAUCUUACGAGCUCGCUGUGGUACGGCGAUACAGCCGGUAAGAUGAACUGCGUAGACUGCGAUAACGAGGGUCUCAAACGACGCUGCGCUUUGGCCGGCGUUGGGAAGCCUAUCGAUCUUAUCGGAUAUCUACACUGCGAUAUCUUCAAUCAAGAUCGAUUUUUGCUAAACGGUGUAGAGAUACGAUUGCGUCUAGUGCGCAGCCGCGACUCGUUUUGUCUCAUGGACUCGACGGACUCGUUUAAAGUACACAUCCUAGAGGCGACUCUGCUCGUGCGCCGAGUAAACGUAAACCCCGGAAUACUGUUGUCUCACGAGCGCGCGCUGGCUAAAACCAUGGCGAAGUACCCGCUCACGCGUGUAGAGGUGAAGGUCAUGUCGAUGCACGCCGGUUUGCACGGCGAGACACUGGACAACGCGAUUUUCGGCCAAUUGCCGAAACGAAUCAUUCUCGGUUUCGUGGAUAACAGAGCCUUCAAUGGCGAUCGCAAACUCAAUCCUUUCAAUUUUGCGCACUACGAUAUCAAUUAUCUGUCUCUGUAUGUGGACGGUAUUCAAGUACCGUCGAAACCUCUACAGCCGGAUUUCACCAAGAAUCGUUUAUACGUGGACGCGUACCACACGCUGUUUUCUGGUACCGGCACGCAUUUUCUCGAUCAAGGUAAUUGCAUCGACCGGGAAAAAUAUCCCGAUGGCUAUUGCCUCUUUGCCUUUGAUCUCACACCCGAUCUCUCGGCCAAUGAGAACUCUCAUUGGAAUCUCAUCAGACACGGCAGCGUAAGAAUCGAGGUGCGAUUCGAGAACGCUCUGUCGUCGACGGUAAAUUGCACCAUUUAUGCUGAGUACGAGAAUGUUCUGGAGAUAGACGCAUCGCGCCACGUCCUGGUAGAUUUCAACGGCUAA